UAAAAAGAUUCCAGAAAAAAAACAAAAAAAACGCUUUAGAUUUCAUUUCGAUAAUUAUUCCUCCGUUUUUUCUUUGUUUAAUCGCCGAAUCUUUUUUUUUGUUCGCAACUACUAACCUUUUGGCCUUCCAUUAAAUAUAGCAUCAAACGUGCAAACAGGAUCAUAUGUUUCUGAUGCAAAACUGGCAAUCCGAGACUCUCAUGGAUAACAUCAACUUCGAAUCCUCAAAUGCUUCACAAGGAAGCCGACUACAGGCGCAGCAGCCGUUUCAUUUACAAGACGUGAAUAUGAUCCAUUUCAACCAAUCAUCUCCAUGGACUACUGAAACGUUCUCGGGUUUUACUCCAUACGAUUGCACAGUCAAUCAAUAUUUUCCUGUACAAUGUUCUUCUUCAAAGCCCUACCCUCCCUCGUUUCAUCAAUCUUCAUCAUUAUACCAGUCCCAAUCGAUGGUUCCUAUGCAACCUCUUCAGGAUCAAUAUCAAAGAUCACGCGCCAAUGAUUUCGCCGCAACAAAUGCUUCAUCAGGCUCAUACACUCUUUCUUUUGAAGCUAGUCAAGAUCCACAAGAACUAUCUAGGAAGACCUAUAGUAACUCUAAUGUAACACCACUGAAUUUCUCAUCAUCACAUCAUCAACCUAAGCAAACACAUCCAAGGUUUUCUCCUCCCUCUUCCUUGUCAACCCAUGGAGGGUCGGUGGCGCCCAACAGUGGGGCGGUUAUUGGGACCAAGACACGGAUAAGGUGGACUCAAGAUCUUCAUGAAAAGUUCGUGGCGUGUGUAAAUCUCCUUGGUGGUGCUGAUAAAGCAACGCCCAAAGCGAUAUUGAAGCUAAUGGAUUCUGAAGGACUCACAAUAUUUCAUGUUAAAAGCCACUUGCAGAAGUAUAGGAUUGUGAAAUACAUCCCUGAAUCUCAGGAAGGCAACUUUGAGAAGAGAUCUUGUUCCGAAGAGUUUGACACAGAAACCUAUGUUUUACUUUUUUUUUUUUGGGUGCCAAGACCAUGUUUUCUUUAUGAUGGAGUGCAAAUUAAAGAGGCACUCCAGGUUCAACUUGACGUUCAGAGGGAUCUUCAUGAACAACUAGAGAUUCAACGAAACCUGCAACUGAGAAUCGAAGAGCAAGGGAAACAAUUGAAAAGAAUGAUAGAACAGCAGCAAAAGACAAAAGAGAGUCUUCUGAAGACACCAAACGCCGAAACAUCAUCGUCUCUCUCCGAUUCCGACCAUUCUCCUCGCCUUUUUUCAGUACAAGACGCCUAAUUAAGUAGAAAAGGCCUAAAUCAUGUUUUUACUCUAUUCAAAGUGGUAUGAAAAUCUAAGAGUCGUGACAAGAGAAUGUCCAAAGUGCUACACAUUAACAUUUGGAAACAGAAUCAGGUACUUAAUGUUUGCAAGUGCUAGUCUCAGUCGUCAUAGAGUAAUAGACGUGUGAGAUUAUUCUUAAAUAGCUAUUUGUUUUUUAAAAGAGGCCCACACAAAGAGAUAGCUUCUUAAAUUACUAAAGCUACCUUUAACAUUGCGCGUUACUGAUAUAUUGUGUUUUUGGCGUAUUAUAUGUAUGUCUUACUAAUAGUUUUCAAGGUUUUAUCGAGUUUUUUAGUCCAUUUAAGUCAUUAUAGGUCUGGAGUUGCAUUGGCUGAGAGAUAGAUCAGAUGGAGGGAUAGAAGAUAAAAAGAGUAUGAAUUGGAGUCUUUCGCGCAGAACAGUCAACCGGAGCAGCUUGAGUGCAUGUCCGGCGGCAGAGGUAAAAAAAGAAGUUUCCAAAUAUUUCGGAAUUUGCCCUAGAUUUCCUAUUUUUCCCUAUAGCCGCAUGUGGCUCCUAUAUAUAUAGUCUGCUAUUUAUUACUUUAGACCUACCUUAGUUUUUACGCAAGAAAGAUCUGAGAGAACUUUGAUUUUUAGGCGAUUGCUACUUUUAAGGGAG